UACAGCCAACCGCCCAAUGCAGCACUUGCUCGCUCCCCCCGCCAGCGGAAGCGCCCGCGGAACACAAUGCAGCACUGAGGCAGCGCCGCGGUGGAGGCUGCAGCUCCUUGGCAGCUGCAGCAUCGGCCCGGGCUGGGAGGGGGCGGCUGAGGGAAGCCAGAGGGCUCAGAGCUAGGAAGCAGGACCCAACUGCUCCGGCAUGAGAAGCUGAGCGUCUCGGGCGCGGCGGGUUGACAGGAGCAUCAUGCAGGCGGCGGCGACUGCGUCCGUGCCCUUCUUGCUGCUCUGCGCCCUGGGAACCUGCCCCCCGGCGCUCUGCGGCCGGGCAGGAGACGCCUCUUUGACGGAGCUAGAAAGGAGGAACGAAAACCGCUUCCUGGAGCGCCAGAGCAUCGUGCCACUGCGCCUCAUCUACCGCUCAGGAGGCGAAGACGAAACUCAGCACGAAGAGCUCAACACACGGGUGCGGGGCGACCUCAGUGGCCGGCAGUUAACUCAUGUUGACCAGGCAAGCUUCCAGGUUGAUGCCUUUGGAACGUCAUUCAUUCUCGAUGUCGUGUUAAACCAUGAUUUGUUGUCCUCGGAUUACAUAGAGAGGCACAUCGAACAUGGAGGCAAGACUGUGCAAAGCAAAGGAGGAGAGCACUGUUACUACCAGGGCCACAUCCGAGGAAAUCCUGCCUCAUUUGUUGCAUUGUCUACCUGCCAUGGACUUCAUGGGAUGUUCUAUGAUGGGAAUCACACAUAUCUCAUUGAGCCAGAGGAAAAUGAGACCUCCCAAGAGGAUUUCCAUUUUCAUUCGGUUUACAAAUCCAGACUCUUUGAAUUUCCCAUGGAUGAUCUUCCAUCUGAAUUCCAACAAGUAAACAUCACUCCACCAAAAUUUAUUUUGAAACCAAGACCAAAAAGGAGUAAACGGCAGCUUCUUCGAUAUCCUCGUAAUGUAGAAGAGGAAACCAAAUACAUCGAACUGAUGAUUGUGAAUGAUCAUCUCAUGUUUAAAAAGCAUCGCCUUUCUGUUGUGCAUACUAACACCUAUGCGAAAUCUGUGGUGAACAUGGCAGAUUUAAUAUAUAAAGACCAACUUAAGACAAGGAUAGUAUUGGUUGCCAUGGAAACCUGGGCGGCUGACAACAAGUUUGCCAUAUCUGAAAAUCCAUUGAUCACCCUACGUGAGUUUAUGAAAUACAGAAGGGAUUUUAUCAAAGAGAAAAGUGAUGCAGUUCACCUUUUUUCGGGAAGUCAAUUUGAGAGUAGCCGGAGCGGGGCUGCUUAUAUUGGUGGGAUUUGCUCGUUGCUGAAAGGAGGAGGCGUGAAUGAAUUUGGGAAAACCGAUUUAAUGGCAGUUACACUUGCCCAGUCAUUAGCCCAUAAUAUUGGUAUUAUCUCAGACAAAAGAAAACUAGCAAGUGGUGAGUGCAAAUGUGAGGACACGUGGUCCGGAUGCAUAAUGGGAGACACGGGUUAUUAUCUUCCUAAAAAGUUCACCCAGUGUAACAUUGAAGAGUAUCAUGACUUCCUGAACAGCGGAGGUGGCGCCUGUCUGUUCAACAAGCCUUCCAAGCUUCUCGACCCUCCUGAGUGUGGCAAUGGCUUCAUUGAAACUGGAGAAGAGUGUGACUGUGGGACCCCUACAGAAUGUGUCCUUGAAGGAGCAGAGUGUUGUAAGAAAUGCACCUUGACUCAGGACUCUCAAUGCAGUGAUGGUCUCUGUUGUAAAAAGUGCAAGUUUCAGCCCAUGGGGACUGUGUGCCGAGAAGCAGUGAACGAUUGUGAUAUUUCUGAAACAUGCUCAGGAAAUUCAAGCCAGUGUGCCCCUAAUAUUCAUAAAAUGGAUGGAUAUUCAUGUGAUGGUACUCAGGGAAUUUGCUUUGGAGGAAGAUGUAAAACCAGGGAUAGACAAUGCAAAUAUAUCUGGGGACAAAAGGUGACAGCAUCAGACAAAUACUGCUAUGAGAAACUGAACAUCGAGGGGACCGAGAAGGGUAACUGUGGGAAAGACAAAGACACAUGGAUACAGUGCAACAAAAGGGAUGUGCUUUGUGGUUACCUUUUGUGCACUAACAUUGGCAAUAUCCCAAGACUUGGAGAACUCGAUGGUGAAAUCACAUCCACUUUGGUUGUGCAGCAGGGAAGAACAUUAAACUGCAGUGGUGGACAUGUUAAGCUUGAAGAAGAUGUAGAUCUUGGCUAUGUGGAAGAUGGGACACCCUGUGGUCCCCAAAUGAUGUGCUUGGAACACAGGUGUCUUCCUGUGGCUUCCUUCAACUUUAGUACUUGCUUAAGUGGUAAAGAAGGCACUGUUUGUUCAGGAAAUGGAGUGUGCAGUAAUGACCUGAAGUGUGUCUGUGAUACCCUCUGGACAGGUGCAGAUUGCAGUACUUUGUUACUUCACAAUGAAGGUCCAAAGACUAGCAACGGUGUUGCUGGCAUCAAUAUCAUAAUAGGCAUAAUUGCUGGCACCAUUUUAAUGCUGGCCCUCAUAUUAGGAAUAACCGCCUGGGGUUAUAAAAACUAUCGAGAACAGAGACAGUCACCCCAGGGAGAUUAUGUAAAAAAGCCUGGAGAUGGCGACUCUUUUUAUAGCGACAUUCCUCCUGGAGUCAGCACAAACUCAGCAUCUAGUUCUAAGAAGAGGUCUGCUUUUCUGUCGCAUUUUCAGAUUUCUACCUGUUCCAUCACACAUUAUUCCAUUAGUCAGAACAUUUCAUUAUUUUGCAGCAGGUCAAAUGGGCUCUCUCAUUCUUGGAGUGAAAGGAUUCCAGACACAAAACAUAUUUCAGAUAUCUGUGAAAAUGGGCGACCUCGAAGUAACUCUUGGCAAGGUAAUGUGGGCGAAAACAGGAAGAAAAUCAGAGGCAAACGAUUUAGACCUCGUUCUAAUUCAACUGAGAGGGAGCCCCAAGCACCUGAGCCUGGGCACUCCCUCGCCCAGACAGUCCCAUCCCAAGGCAUAAGCCCAGGGGGCUCUGACAGCCCCCAGACAGGGAGUCUGGAUCACAGCUCCCAAGAUGGCCAACGUCAGGAAGACAGGACUUUAUCUCCUGCCAAGUCUCCCUCUUCAUCUACUGGGUCUAUUGCAUCCAGCAGAAAGUACCCUUAUCCAAUGCCUCCACUUCCAGAUGAGGAGAAGAAAGUGAACCGACAAAGUGCCAGGCUAUGGGAAACAUCCAUUUAAGAUCAACUGUUUACAUGUGACACAUCAAAACUGUUUACUUCAACUUUUAUAGAAGCCCAGCCUCACGGAAUCACUGCAAAUCUAUCUGCUCUUCAGAUGACACCAAGAUCCUCUGAGAUGCCACAGAGGAGAGGAAGCUAUCUCACAUCUGGAUACCAUUUUCUUUUUGUCAUUGGCUUAGGAUUUAACCAAACCAUGAAAAGAACUACUGAAAUGUUACACUAUAACACGGAACAAUAAGGGUACUGGUAUGUUAAUGGAUAAUCCGCAUGACAGAUAUAUGUAGAAAUAUCAAUAAAAUUAACUCACAUGAACCCAAAUGUAGCAAGUUUCCUAAGGGACAAUAGUGGUUUCAGAACUUCACCUUCUGAAGCACAUUUCAUUGUAUACAGUAAUGCUAUAUGCAUGAAGCUUCUGUUCAUUGUUUUCCAUAUUUAAGGAAACAACAUCCCAUAAUAGAAACUAGCAUGCAGGGCUAAGGCAUAUAGGAUUUUUCUGCAGGACUUAACAGCUUUGAGAGGCCAAUAUCCCAUAUGCUAACUUUAAACAUGUAUUUUUAUUUUUGUUUUUUACUUUUCAUAUUUAUAUCAGCAUUCAAGGACAAUUGUACAUAUGUAAACAUUUUUAAAAUUAAAAAAGCAGCUGUUACACACAAGUGUAUUUUGCCAAAUGCCUAAAAAGAGUCAGUCACAAUCACAUCAUCAUUCACCAUCCAAUGGUCUUCAAAGAGUAUAAGCAGAUGGUGUAAAUAUAGUGGUCAAUGCUGUAAAUGUGUCUCUCCAUAAUUAAUAUUUGUCUAAAACAUGUGAUAUCCCUUUAAACUGUGUGUAGUCUGGAGGCAGUUUUAUUGAGUCAUCAAGAGGACAAAAUGCUCAGCAAAUCUUCUGGCCUCCAUAGCUUGCUGAAGCAGGAGUCCAGUAGUGCAGCAGCCUUGCUGCCUUGAGACUGCGCUGGUGGGCUGCUCUGUGGGCCUCCAUCAGCCAGCCCAUGUGCUUCUCUCUUAGGGGAACAUGGUGCCUGCUGCAGCAGCUAUUCUCGUCCUCUACCAGAGUAUAUCAGCCAGUCUCAUCCUGGGGGCCAGUGAGCGCCCAGCAGUGUGUUCUGCUGAGGUUAAGCAAGUGAACCAAAGACAAUCCAGACCACAAGCUGCUGGUGAACUGGUAGCUUCCAUCUUGCCAAUACUCUAACCCUUCUGUGUAGCCUGAAGUUUUUGUUCCUUGACAAAACUUUUCAGCCACCCUUAUCUACAAAAGAAUGACUUGUUUUAACAAAAACAAGUUUUAUACUGUUUAUUAAGGCUAUUUGUCAUCACUGGGCUGUGAGUCCCAACAGGUCCUUCUGCACUGACCCUGAAGCAAGAUGAUGAUUUUGUCGUCUGAGCUGAGAUGUCUCAACAGGGUAUAAAGGGUUAAAUGAAAUCUGAAGCCACAAAGAUGCAGCAACUGGGAAGUUAUGCAAACAGUUGGCAGCAGAAAGAAUCUGAUGUUUUGAGCCCUAACAUCUUUAAUCCAUAGAAAAAUGAGAAAUCUAUGUUCAAAGCCCUCUUUUUAAACCAACAUUUUGAUAGCAGGUAUAAUGCCAGUCUGUCAUUCCAAAAAAAAAAAAAAAAAAAAAAAAAUAGAUACUCUAGUGAGAUCAGAAAUUGAUGGGAUCAAUCAUGUGAUCUUUUGUGAAGUGUACUUCUGAUUUUCUCUUUUUUCCCCCUACUUUUUCUUGAGAAAAAUGGAAUUAGCUGACAGGAUUUCAGGAAUGCUUUCUAAAUUUGAUUUCUUAUAGUAAUGUUCAUGGACAGAAUCCAUUUCAUCUCCAUAUGUAAUCAUCCUAGUUGCCCAAACUUCAGGUUAUCAGACUAUAUUUUAUACUCAGCGUUUAUGUCUUCUGUAGUAGACCUCUCUUCUGAAAGUCUUUGAAAAUGUUUGAAAAGCAGUUUCAUCAUCCAGAAUUAUAUAUUUAAUCAUCUAAAUUUGUGGAAAAUAGCAGCUUCUUAUGGCAGUAAGGGAUGUGAUUGUUGAUACCUCAUUAAAACAAUCCAUCAGACCAAGGCUGGUGUGAGUGGUGGGAAAUGUUGUCACAGAGUUCUAGCCAAGGACAGAAGGGCAGACAUUAAAAAAUGUAGUAAAUAAGGUAACUUGACUAAGAUCACUUUAAAUGUGCACUGAAUGUUUUCUGGUAUUGAGUAUAUAAAAGGCUAAUGUUAUAAGGUUUAUUUUGACUAUAAAAGAGUUUAUAGAUUUGAAUGUAAGGUGCCUCAUGUAAAUAUCCUUCCUAGUUAUAGUUCCAUAAGCCCUAAUUUGAAAAAAUCCACAAAUGCCUAGUCAAUUGCUUAUCUAUCUUUCUCACCUUCUCAAUUAUUUUUACUGAAAAUUAUUAUUUCAAAUGAAAAUCAUUAUCACGUGCCUUUUGGGAGAUAUAGUUGUUCUAUAGGUAUAUAGUUUGUAAUCAUCCUCGUUGGUAUUAUUAACCUUCUUAUGAAACUGAGCGAAAAGUGAUUUUGUUUGAUUUGCAGAGAUUAUGAUUUUAGAAAUAUAAUAGCUUUAAUGUUCUGUGCUGAAUAUCUAUUCUAUCUCCCAUGCUUAAACAUUCUUAGAACCAUUUGUGGGAUUCUUUGACAAAUUUUAGCCUCAAUGGAUAGUUUCAAGAAGUAUAUGUACACUCAUGGCUGGGGUUCUAGAGCAUUACAUCUAAAUAUGACUUUUCAUUCACUGAAGUAGAUAGAAUGGAUCCAUGGCACCAAAUAAAAGCACAGCAAUUUUAUCUUUUUAAAUAUUUAUUUUGGAGAGAAACUUUGAGAAUACUUAGCAAUUUAUAUCGUGCAAGUAAUGUUUGUAUCCCCCAGUUCAAUAUGGGAUCAUUACUAAGCAGAAAAAAUAAUUUAUUUGACCUUUACAUCCCAUUGUAUGCCUUUCUCCUACUUUCUGAAGUUCUGUGCAUAGGACUUCAGAUUGACAACCCUACUGUUUGAGAUGUUCCAUUUAUCCAUCAUCAUCACAGUUCUGAUAUAAAAGAACUUUUAAUCUCUCCACUAAGAGUCAACAGGGGAGUUGUGGGAUGACAGGGACCCCUGAAAGAGUGGAUUAGCCACAUCCAGCACUUACUCCCUGCUGCACACACACAGUCCACCUUCCCUCCCUUCUUUCUCAGUACUGGGUAUUGAACCCAGGGGUGCUCCACCACUGAGCUAUGUCUCCUGCCCUUUAUAUUUUUAAAUUUGAGACCGGGUCUCACUAAAUUGUCCAGACUGGCUUCAAACUUGCUAUCCUCUUGCUGCAGUCUACUGGGUCACUUGUAUUAUAGGCAGGCACCACCAUACCUGGCCCAGCCACUUUCCUUAAAUAGGAAGCAAAAUCCUCCUCUGGAGGCACCAAGCUAGAAAAUGGCCCCCUAGUCACAUGCACUCUGUGGAAAGGAAUAAUUCUCCAACAGUGCAUCACAAUGAGGGCUCCCAGGUUUUGUACUGAAAAUUGAACCCAGGGGCACUUUUACUAUUGAGGCACAUCCAGCUCUUUUUAUUUUUAAUUUUGAGACAGAUCUCGCUAAGUUGUUUAGGGCCUUGCUGAGACUGGCCUUGAACAUGUGAUCCUCCUGCCUCAGCCUCCCAAGCCACUGGGAUUAUAGGCAUGCAACAUCAUACCUAGUGAAGCUGUAUUUUUAAAGAAGCUCAGCACCUCCAUUAGGAAUAACCUAUCCUUAGAGUUGUUUCUUAAAAAAUAAUUGACUAGCCAGGUGCAGAGCCAUGCACCUGUAAUCACACCUAUUCAGGAGGACGAGGCAGGAGUAUUGCAAGUUUGAGACCAGCUUGGGCAAUCUCAAAAUAAAAAACAAAGGAGGGCGGGUGUAGCUCAGUAGUAGAGUGUCCUGAGUUUAAACCCCAGGUCUGCUCCCCCCACAAAAUCCCUCCCAACUGACUGAUACAGAAAAUUUAGGAUUAAAAUUUCAAACCUAUUUUUCAGUUUGAUAUUGGUGUAUAUUAAGUGACGCUACAGUUUCUCUUUUUCCCUUUUGCUUUCAAAACCUUUGAGAAUUGUUUUUGUAUAUAAGGUCAGUCCAGCAUAGAAUUUCUGAAUGUAAGAUUGAUACAGUUUCUAAAAGAAUCUAGUGUGAAGAUAAAAUUAGAUAUUCUGUGCACUUCUAGGGAGAGGCCGUGUAUGAAUUCUGUAACAAGCUUACAAUUCUCAUUCUUUUCUGUUGAAAUCUUUGGAUAUUUGCAUCAUUUAUUCCUGCUCUAGAUCUUUUUUGGACACUUUACCUGUUAUCUUUUUUCCGAUUUUUUUUUUAUAGUUACCUUUGAGUCAGAGGAAAUAUGGUAUUUCUGUUCAGUCAUUUCAGUGUUUCAAAAUCAAGUUUGAAGUUUGUUCAUAUAUUUAUGUCAUCUAUUUAUUUCCUGUUGUUAGUGUUCUGUUUUAACCUUAAACAUGCACGCCCCCCACACACAGUACUAUAUUUCCUUAUGUUAUUUAACGUGAUAAUAAAUCCUUAUCUAAAGAAAAGACUAUUUUACUUAUCUUACUUAAAGAAAAGGAAGGUUAUUUAUUGAGUGACUUGUGUGUGGGGGGAGUGGAGAACAAAGUUUGGAACUGUCAGGACUGAAGAGAGGCAAGACAGUUGCCCACACCCAAUUUGGAUGCUGCUGGUUGCUGCCAGUGGAUGCCACCUAAGGGCAUAUUGUAAUUAUCAUCUUUCAAUUGGUAAGUUGGCAUGAAUUUUCCAUGAAGCACUCUCCCAGUUGCAGCAUAUUGUCCACUUUUGAUGCUCCUAAUUAUCUAGUUUUCCUUAGCUUUAUAUUUUCCUCUUAAAUUGUCUCCUAAAUACAUUUCCCUCCUUAAAUAUAUGGAGUUAAGAUGAAUUUCUCAUUUUCUCUCUACUAGCUUAAAAGAUAUAAAAAGCCACAUAUCAAUGGAAUAGGGUUUAAUUUCAAACUCAAAUGUUUAUAUUCCUCCUCUGAGAUACUUUCUGAUUGGAUAAGAUCACUCUGAUUUUGGAUGCAGCAACUUUUCUGCAGGCACUGGAGAACUAAGCUUUCGUAAAUAUCUUUCCCUGGUUAUUACAUUGUGAGGCACCUGGUCUGCGAUUGUGGAAAUUGCCUGUGCAGGCGGCCCUCCCUGCCGUGUGUGGGUGGGAGCUGUUAAAGUGCACCUGCUGGUAACUGUUGGCAUGUGCUCAGAGCAUAUGCUGUCGGGCAGGUGUUUUUACUUCCAAGAGGAGUCUUUCUACCACACCUGUAGGUGCAAAGAUGGUUCAGAUUUUAGAAAAUGGAAGAUACUGUUUCUGUUCACAAUUUAUUCAUGGUUUUGUCAGAGUCCCCAUCAUGGAGCAUCGUUGGUUUGUAAGCAGUACAACAAAAUAAAUAUUCAAAAAGAAAAACCUGCCUAGUCAGUAUUUCUGCCCCUUAUAUCUGUGACCUGACAUAGUAAGCAUCCUUACUAUGGGAUUUGGGGGAUGCUUCCAGAAUCUUUCUAUUUCUGAAGUAGCUUCCCCUUUAGUAGCCGUGUAGCACUUUCCUCCUGAUUAGCUUUCCCUGUCCUGGAAGCUAGUACUUUCAUGUGGGAACUGAAAGGAUAUCAGGGGUGCAGAGUAGGGUGGGAGGCAUUGCUAGUCUCCCUUUGACACAUUGGCAUGGAUUUUGCAACUUGGGAAGUCACUGAGAGUUGGGUCCUAGGGUGUGAAUUUCAAGAUGGGGAGGAGAUAAACAGUAGUAAGAUUUAGGAUAUCAUGGGACAUUUAUUUAGUCCUGGCAUAGAAGCAGAAUCGACAUCCAUUUGAAGAAUCUGAAAGUAAAGCAUGCAGAAAAGCUCUAACUAGUCUCAGGGCAUGUGGUAGGGAAAGAGGUAAUGGGAGCCUAAGGCAGAUUUGUGUGCUUUGCAGCUUUAGGGCGUGGUGGCUCUGUAAGUGCUUCAUGGCCAGUGGGGCGUCCCUGUUGCAUUGUUUGUAGAACCUGCCACAUUACAGAGAGGCACAUUAAGGGCAGCAGGAUUUUGGUCGGAGGCAUCAUCCUUUCAUGUUCCCAUGUACCCUUAGAAUCAAAACCAGGUAAAAUGUGUGUUCUGUUGUUUGUUUUUAUGGUCCUGAAAAUUGAACCUAGGGACACUUAACCAAUGAGACACAUCUCCAGUCCUUUUUAUUUUUCAUUUUGAGACCGCAUCUCACCAAGUUGCUUAGGACCUCGCUAA